CUACUACUACAAUAUCGUCUGCCGUUCCCCUUUGAUAUCAACACAGAUAUGGCCGCCGGGGAGCAGCACCUCUUCUCCACGGAGAUCGUCAACCGCGGCAUCGAGUCCUCCGGCCCCGAUGCUGGCUCCAUGACCUUCUCCGUCAGGGUCCGCCGCCGCCUCCCGGACUUCGUCCAGUCGGUGAAACUCAAGUACGUGAAGCUCGGCUACCAUUAUCUCAUCAAUCACGGCAUCUACCUGGCCACCAUUCCCGUUCUUGUGCUGGUUUUCGGCGCCGAGGUCGGGAGCCUGAGCAGGGAAGAGCUGUGGAUGAAGCUCUGCGAUAGUACUGCUCGGUAUGAUCUAGCCACCGUGCUUUCUUUCUUUGGCGUCUUCGUCUUCACCCUCUCCGUUUACUUCAUGUCCCGCCCCCGAUCCAUCUACCUCGUCGACUUCGCAUGCUACAAGCCCCGCGACGAAGACCAGUUCAAGGUGACGAAGCAGGAAUUCAUUGAGCUGGCGGGCAAGUCCGGGAAGUUCGACGAAGCCAGCCUGAAGUUCCAGCAGAGAAUGUUGGAAGCGUCGGGGAUCGGCGACGAGUCGUACGUGCCGAAAGGGAUCAUAUCGUCGGGGGAGAAUUGCGCGACGAUGAAGGAGGGGCGGGCGGAGGCUUCGACGGUGAUGUUCGGAGCACUGGACGAGCUGUUCGAGAAGACGAAGAUCCGCCCUAAGGACGUCGGGAUCCUGGUGGUGAACUGCAGCAUGUUCAACCCGACACCGUCGCUUUCGGCAAUGAUCAUAAACCACUACAAGAUGAGGGGCAACGUCCUGAGCUUCAACCUCGGCGGGAUGGGAUGCAGCGCCGGGAUCAUCGCGCUGGACCUGGCGCGGGACAUGCUUCAGGCCAAUCCCAACAACUACGCAGUGGUGGUGAGCACCGAGAUGGUCGGCUACAACUGGUACGCCGGAAAAGUUCAAUCGAUGCUCCUCCCCAACUGCUUCUUCCGCAUGGGCUGCUCCGCCCUCCUCCUCUCCAACCGCCACCGCGAUUACGCUCGCGCCAAGUACCGCCUGGAGCACAUUGUCCGCACCCAUAAAGCCGCCGAUGAUCGCAGCUUCAGGUGCAUUUACCAAGAGGAAGAUGAGCAAGGGUUGAAAGGAUUGAAAAUAAGCAAGGAUCUGGUGGAAAUAGGCGGCGAUGCGAUGAAGACGAACAUCACCACGCUGGGGCCGCUGGUGCUUCCCGUGUCGGAGCAGCUUCUCUUCUUCGGAACCCUAGUCUGGCGGCACCUGUUCCGCGACAGAGGAUCGCGGCCGUCGAAACCCUACAUUCCGGACUACAAGCUGGCGUUCGAGCACUUCUGCGUGCAGGCGGCGAGCAAGACGGCGCUGGACGAGCUGCAGAGGAACCUGGAGCUGAGCGAGAAGAACAUGGAAGCUUCUCGCAUGACUCUGCACCGAUUCGGCAACACUUCGAGCAGCAGCAUCUGGUACGAACUGGCCUACUUGGAGGCCAAGGAGAGAGUGAAGAGAGGGGAUCGCAUCUGGCAGCUCGCCUUCGGAUCUGGAUUCAAAUGCAACAGUGCCGUGUGGCGAUCGAUUCGUCGGGUCAGGAAGCCUCGCAAGAAUCCAUGGCUGGAUUGCCUGGACAGGUAUCCUCAUCAUCAAGCCCCCUAGGCUCUAGCUAGCUCAAACCACGUCCACUUCCAAUCCAAUCAAUUGUGUGCUCCGCUUAAUUAACGAAUUAAUGAAUUAAUUCUGCGUUGAACAUGGAUGAAUAGAAUUCCAUGAAUGAAUUGCUGUAAGAUUACUCUCAAUGCACUCUCGUGCGCUACUUAUUAAUUCCACAAUAAUUUCUACUUUCAAUUCA